AUGAAAGGCAAUUCAAGUAUCAUUUCCGAUGAUAAUACUAUAUUAUUUCUUUUAAUUUUAAUAACAAUUAUUAUAUUGAUUGUUUCAUUAUUUAUUUGCGCUUAUGCUUGGUAUAUCUCUCAUAAUGUUCCACAACGCGAACUUCAAGAAAGAUUCCUCUCUCAAAAUCCGCCGAGAUUCAUGCGUGGAGAUCAAUAUUUACCAACUGGAUACGGACAAUUUACGCAAUUUUCAUACCCUCCUCAAUAUUAUGGACCACAGAUGCAAUUUGGUAUUCCUCAAGGCAUGCCACAAGUUCCUCCAGGCACAAAUAUGCCUCCUGGUUGGGUAUUUCCUCAAAUACAGCCACAACCAGAAAAAAUACAACAAAAUUCCGAUGCUGCAGAAGAAGAUGUUAAAGAAGAUGCUAAAGAAGAAUCACCACAAACUACAGCCUAA